GUUGAGAAGGUUCAUUCAGACUCUCACUGAAGCUCCUCUGAGAAGAAACAAUGACAGAAUCUGAGUUAUAUGUUGAAUAUAAAGGAGUUUUCCUUCCUAAACAUCUGCAUCCUCCCGACAGUCUGAAGUACUACGAGGAUUUUACUUUCCGACCAGAUGAUGUCCUCAUCGUCACCUACCCCAAAUCUGGCACCACAUGGUUGCAGGAGAUCGUUCCACUCAUCCUCAGUGGGGGAGACCUCACCCCCGUGCAGACUAUACCGAACUGGGAUCGGGUUCCAUGGCUGGAGGAGCACCGGGCCAAGAUACUGAACCUGGAACAAAGGCCGUCACCACGCGCCUUCGCAACCCACUACCAUUACAACAUGAUGAACGAGUCCUUCUUAAAAGUCAAACCAAAGGUCGUUUAUGUGAUGCGGAACCCUAAGGACGUCUUUACAUCCUCCUUCCACUACUACGGAAUGGCUUCGUAUCUGGUGAAUCCAGGCACCGCCGACGAGUUCCUGGAAAAGUUUCUCAGUGGAAAAAUAAUGUUCGGCUCAUGGUUUGACCAUGUGAAGGGAUGGUUGGGUGCCAAGGAACAGGAUCACAUUUUCCACAUUGCUUAUGAAGAACUGCUACAGGAUCUUGCAGGAUCGGUUUCCAAGAUUGCCGAGUUCCUUGAAAAGCCUCUAAGCCCGGAGGUGAUUAGGAAAAUAUCUGACAAUUGCGUGUUCAAAAACAUGAAGCAGAACAAGAUGUCCAACUAUUCUCUAGUUCCUGAAGAGUUCAUGGACCAGAAGAAAUCAGAAUUUCUCAGGAAGGGAAUUGCUGGUGACUGGAAGAACCUUCUCACUGAGGUCCAAACUGCAAAAUUUGAUGCUUUUUACCAGGAGAAAAUGAAGGAUGUGAAGUACAAAUUUGUAUGGGAUUAAAUUAGAUUAUUAGAAGGAGUAAUACAUUUACUGUACAUUAUUAUUAUCAUUUUAUGUCAUGUUAUGUCUUUAUAAACAUCACUGUACAUCUGUGUGCGGUCUUCUCCCAUGAUCUUGUGUCAUGUUCUGGUCGAGAAGUACAUUUUUACUGAAAUUCUAAUUACCUAAUUACCUUUUUAAAAUAAAGCAUUUUAUGCAUCA